AUGGGUCUCUUUGGUAACAAGAGCUCGCUCGAGCCUACCAUGGACCAAGUUCACGAGCAGCAAGCUCGUCGUCCCUCAGUCGCCGAGGUCAUUGAUAACCAAGUUCGACGCAAAUCUGUCGACAACCGUGUUGUUACUGGAGCUUCUGCUCUGACUGCUCGUCAAUCUAUUAUCCCGGUUGCCCUGGUCACAACGCUAUUCUUCAUGUGGGGUUUUGCCUAUGGUCUUCUCGAUGUGCUCAACUCGCGAUUUCAAGUUGCUCUGGACAUCACCCGUGGACAAUCCUCUGCUCUACAAGCUAGCUACUUCGGCGCUUAUUUCGUGGGGCCGCUAACCUAUUCGGGCUGGUUCUUGAGGAGGUUCGGAUACCGAUAUACAUUCAUCCUGGGACUUUCCAUCUACUGUGUCGGAGCCCUCAUGUUUUGGCCCGCGGCAGUCAAGCGAAGCUUCGGCGGCUUCUGUGGAGCCAUGUUUAUUGCUGGAUCUGGUUUAUCUACCUUGGAAACCAGUGCCAACCCAUACAUUGCCGUCUGCGGUCCUCCCAAGUGGUCUGAAUUCCGUCUCGAGCUGUCUCAGUCCGUCCAGGCUGUCGGUUCCGUCGUCGCCCCCGUCCUCGCCGCCCAAGUCAUCUUCAAGAACGUAGGCACUGACGGCAAGUCGCUCGAAGCUGUGCAAUGGGUCUACCUCGGAAUCGCAGCCUUUGUCGGUAUCCUAGCCGUAGUCUUCUUCUUCGCUCCUAUCCCCGAAAUCACAGACUCCGACAUGGCCGACCAAGCCGAGAUGACAAACGACACCACGGGCUACGUUGACAAGCCGCUCCGAAAGCAAUACACUCUCUUCUGGGGUACCGCCGCUCAGUUCUCCUACGUUGCCGGCCAAGUCGGUGUCGCCGCUUACUUCAUCAACUACUUCGCUGAAGCACGUCCCGAUCUCAGUGUCACCGAAGGCCACCACCAGGGCGCCAACUUCUACGCCAUCGCCCAAGGACUCUUCGCCAUUGGUCGUUUCGCCGCCGCUGGUCUCAUGUACUUUGGUGGAAAGCCGCGCUACGUGCUCCUUGCUUUCCAAACUCUCAUCAUGAUCUUCAUCUCCGCGGCCAUUGGCACAAACACCGGCGGCGCGAACCGCCCUAACUGGGGUGGUCUGAGCAUGUUGAUGAUUGUGCUAUUCUUCGAGUCUUGUAUUUUCCCAAUCAUCUUCGCUCUUACGCUUCGCGGUCUUGGUCGCCACACUAAGCGUGGUGCUUCUUUCCUCGUUUCCUCCGUCUGCGGUGGUGCUGUUGGCCCUGUUAUCCUCGGUAACGUGGCUGAUAGCAUUGGUACGAGGAAGGCUAUGUGCAUCCCGCUUAUCUUCUUCGCUAUCGCGUGGAGUUACCCUAUCUACCUUAACAUGGCAAAGGGUGCUGAGCUCGAUGCUUAUAAUGAGAGCCAUGUUGGUGUUAGCGAGGUCGGCCCCGUUGACGCUGAGAAGCUUUCUCUCGAGAAGGAUGUUGAGGCGAGGAUGGUUGAGGUCAAGGUCUAAAAAUCACCAUGGGAUAUGACAUCUAUGAAUUUUUUGUAGCGCGGCGUUUUUCUGAUGAGCUGGGUGGAACAAGUCUUUGUAUAUACCAUUGCAUGAUGCAUAUAGAUCUCUUAUUUGCAAAUAGAAUCUGAGAUGACUUUUCCGA